AUGCCUCCUACUAUCCAAGCCGAUUAUUUCGUGCUACUUGCUAGCUUGUUCGUAUUUCCUAUUAUCUUUUAUGUUGCGCCGUGUCGUCGACCUGGCCAGCCUCCAGCUCUAUUCGCCAACAGUGAGAAAAGACGAGCUCCUGCCCCCUAUUAUCCUACUAAGUAUCCCGAAGCAGAUGGAGCUGCCCGGUUUUCGCCUCUCCUUUUGACGCUUCCGCUUGAAAUACCGCGCCUUCACUUGCAUGUUGGGAGCACCAAUUCCCGUGUACUGGCCAUAUUGUGUUUACUGUUGUCUCGGCACGUCGCAGUAGCCCAAUCCUUUGUCUCGCCUUCUUUCUCACCAGUCCUGACGAGUCGUUCCUCCUUCUAUUCUACGCAAGUUUUUUCCAACACUUCAUCCAUCAUCAGCUACAGGCCACCAGUCAAGAUGCCACCGCGUCUUUCGAAUACACUGGGGGAGCCUGAUGAAGAGCCGACAUUCUGUGAUAAGUGCAACCUGAAGUUCAAGACGUGGAUGGCCUACCACGCUCACAAGAUCUCCCACCCAGACCACCGCGAUUUCACGUGCGCCAUCUGUUCUAGGGACUUUGCGUCAGAGAAGGCAUGCGAACGCCAUUAUGGCUUGUCGCACCCCGCGAAACAGCAGCUAUCAUGCCCUGGAUGUCAAACCGUCUUCACCCGCCUCGGUGGCCUCAUCAGUCACAUUGAGAGUAAACAAUGCUCUUCGCUCGUGGUUCCUGAUUUCAAAGAACGCCUUGAGGAGAGAAAAGUAUUCUACGACAACCAUGCCGAGGUCCGAACCCACCUGGGCACAAGCAUAACUACCGGCAAUCUGGGUGAUCAUACUGCUCUACCAAUCUUCUCAAAGCAGCGUCCUUUUGCUAUUGAGGAAAGCAAAGGUGGUAAUGAGAAAUACGUGGCUCAGGCUGGCUCAUCUCAAGCUUCUUUCGAGCUGCUCUCGCUGGAGACCUCGCUCAAAGCUGACGUUCCUCUCAGCGCCAAUGAUGAUCUCAUGAGCUUUGAUGAUGCAUCUCGAAUCCUCAAUGCGCCAUGGGACUCAUCAGACCCCGAAAAUCCACCAGGCAUUUUGUUUGAGAAUAGUGGCCCUCCAAGUGCCAAGCAGGCAACAUCCGACUUCAACAUUCACUUUCCUCCGUUGGGGGGUUACGAAACUACUAUCGUCGAAACCGCUGCUACCUCUCAGGGUGGCAAUGUCCGUGGUAUUAAGGAGUCCCAUUCCAACGCCCCUCAGCCCAUGCCGGCUUCUAUAGCAGAUGCUAAGGAAAACACACCGUGGAUUGUCAAUGCUGAUAUGUCCUCUGACCCUUCCAACGAUGACCGGACUUGGUCCUAUAACCCUUCAAAUCCCGAGUUCAAUGUCGAUAAGUUCUGGAUUAGAUCGAUUAAUAAAUUCAAGUGUCCCCAUAAGGGCUGCCCGAAGAGUUUUGUCAAGAAGGGACAGUUCACCCAACACGUCAGCACUCAUGCCAACCCCAAGGAAAAUCUCCAGUGCCGACAUUGUCUGAGGUGGUUUGCAUCCGCAACUGCUCUCACCCAGCACUCCGAGUCCCAGGCAGUCAGAUGCAACAUCCGCGAGCGCAAUGAUUUUAAUGCCCGUGUGGAUGAGUUUACCGCCGGCACCGCAGCUCCAGUUGGACGACACGAAGACAAUACCAUUCGCUAUGCUGUUAACAACCUCCGACCAGAUGCUUCAGGCGCUGCCAAUAUUGUUGCUGCUCACAAAGCCGCCCUUCAAGCCAGCGAUGAAGACACUGCGGAGUAUUGGGAGAAGCAGCGGCCUGAAUGGUAA